GAUAUAGAAAAAGAGAAUAAAAUAAAAAAACAUAAUUCAAUUGAUGAUUUUAUUAGAGAAAAAAAAAUUCAAAAAACAUUUUCAAGUACUAAACUAAGUAAAGAAGAAAUAAAUAAAACAAGAAAUAUAGAAAAAUUAAUAGAAGAAAAUACAUCAUCAAGUGAUGGUGAAAGUGAAAGUGGAUACAUAAGAAAGAAAAGGAAAACAGCUGAUUCAUACGAUAAAUCCUAUAAUAACAAAACAGGUUGUUAUAUUAAAAGUAAAAAUAUUAUAAAUAGUUUUAAUGAAAUGAAUGAUAAAAUUGAAAAUAAAGAAGAUAGAAAAAAUGAAAACAACAUAUAUACAUUUAAUGAUGAAAAAACUAAUCCUUCUGAUAAAGUAAUAAAUUUAUUUUCUUCUUCUAAAGAAAAAGAUUAUGAUUUUGAUAUGAAAAUAAAAAAAGAAGAAAAUGAAAAAGAAAGUGAUAAAAACAUAAUUAAAAAAAGAAAAAAAGAGUUUGAGGAGUCAGAUGAAAGUAAAUAUUUAGUUAAAAAAGAAGAUAAACUUCAAAUAAAAAGUGAAUUAGACAACAAUAAAUUAGAUGAUUUAUCUUAUGAAAAUAAAAAAAAUGAUAAAGAAGAUGAUCAUAUUUGUAAAAAUAAUAAAGAUAAUGAAAACAAUAAUGAUUAUUAUAAUGAUAAUAUUCUAAAAGAAAUGAACUUAUCACCUUCCUUUAUAAAAACAGAUAAUACAUUAUAUAAAGAAGAAGAAAAUAAAGAUAACAAUUAUAUAGAUGCAGAAAAUAGUGUUUCUGCAAAUAUUUUAAAAAAUAAAUAUGACGAACUAAUAAUUAAUAAAGAAAAUGGUUUUGUGAAUGUUUAUGUUUUUGAUAUAUGUAAGCAUAGAAAUAGCAUUAUAUUAUUUGGUAGGACGUUAACAAAAUAUAAAAAAUAUAGAAGUAUAAGUAUUUAUUUAGAAAAUUUAGAUAGAUAUUACUAUUUUCUAUUGACCAAAAAUAAAAUAUAUAGAAAAGAUGGAGAAGAAAUUGAUUAUACGAACGAAAAGUACAAAAUACAUAUUUUGACUGAUUUUAUAGAAGAAUUUAAAAAGGUAAGAGAUUAUCAUAAUAUAAAAAUUGCUAAAUACAAAUUAGUAAAAAGAAGAAACUUAAAUUUAAAUACAAAUGAGGAAGAAUUAUAUGUAAAAGUAUUAUAUUCUUAUAAUUAUGAUCCUAUAAAUGAAAAGUUUCAAAAAGGAGAUACUUAUUCUGCUUUUUAUUGUUGUAAUGAAGAUAUAAUAGAAAAUUUUGUUAUAAAAAAAAAAUUAAAACUACCGUGUUGGGUAAAGAUAAAGGAUUUAAAAAAAAAUUUAUCAAAUAACUUAACUUACUGCUAUUUUGAUUGCAUUGCUAACGAUAAAAAAAGUAUAUAUUUAGUUGAUAAAAUAUCUGACAAAAAAAAUGAAAACAAGGGAGACGAAGAAAAUAAAAAUAAUACUCCAACUAAUAAUAACACAGAAAAUAUACCAAAAAAAAUAGAAAAUAAUGUAAACACUUUUGUUGAUUUAGAUUUAAAUAAAAUUUAUAUUAAAGUAGUUUCCUUAUUAAAUGAAGAGAAUAUCCAUGAAGUAUUCAGUAUAACUAGUUUAGUCGAUUCUGAAGGUAUGAAAUAUAUAAAUUUCUGUGGUAUUUCUAACAAAGCUAAUAAAAAAAUAAAUAAUAAUUACAAUAAGUAUCAUUGUAAAUUAUUUGAAAAUGAAAAAACUUUAUUAGAAGCAUUUCUUCAAAAAAUAAAAACUCUUGAUAUAGAUAUAUAUAUUGGAUAUAAUAUCCUGAACUUUGAUUUGGAGUUUUUAAUUCAUAGAUGUAAUGUACAUAAUUUAGAUUCUGAUUUUUUAAGUAGGAAAAAAAAAUUAAGAAAAAAUGAGAAAAUGAAAGUAAACAGAUUUAACGGAACAAACAGCACUGGUUCUAUGUAUAACAUAAUUCAAAAUAUAAAAGGAAGAUUAAUUUUAGAUAUAUAUAUAUUAUGCAAAGAUGCAAUUAAAUUAACAAGUUAUUUUUUAGAUGAAAUUAUUGAUAAUGUAAAAAGCAAAUAUCAGGAAAAGAGUAAACAACAACAACAGAAGAAAUCUAAUACACCAAAUGUUUUCAAAGAUUUUUUAGUUAAUAAUAUAAAUUUAAUAAAUUCAAGUAACAUUCAUUUUAAUGAUGCACAAUUAAUUUUAGAGAAUCAUUUGAAUAUAUAUAUUAAUUGUCAAAUUUUUUGUAUAAAUGAACUUGUUAAUAUAUGUACUACUUUACAAAUAAUAGAAAAAACACGAGAUUUAACUAAAUUAAGUGGAUAUAUAUGGAUGAGAAGCUUAUUAUGCUAUACUAGUGAAAGAAUUGAAUUUUUUUUGCUUCAUGAAUAUAAUAAAAAAAAAUUUAUUACACCUAUUAUUAAAAAAAAAGUGAAAAAAAUAGAGAAUAAUCAAUUAAAAAAUAAAAAUGUUUCUAAGUAUGCAGGAGGUUUAGUAUUAGAUCCUUUAUGUGGUUAUUAUGAUACUUUUGUUUUGUAUUUAGAUUUUAAUAGUUUAUAUCCAUCUAUAAUUAUAGAAUAUAAUGUAUGUUUUAGUACUAUUAAGUUAAAGAGUCAUGAUAAUAAAAGUGAUAUGGAAAGAAAGGAGGAUGAGAAUGAGGAUGAAGAAGCAGAUGGAGAUGAAAAUAUUGAGAUUGAAGAUUUUGAUAAAAGUAAACCAGGAAUUUUACCAUCAAUUUUAAAAAACUUAGUUGAAAAAAGAGCAUUUAUAAAAAAAUUAAUUGUAAAUGAAAAAAAUAAAGAAAAAAAAGAACUUUUAUUAAUUCAAUCUUUAUCAAUUAAAUUAAUUAGCAAUAGUAUAUAUGGCUGUUUAGGAAAUACAAAUAACAGAUUUUAUGCUAGACAUAUGGCUUCAUAUAUAACUUUAAAAGGUAGAAAUUUAUUACAACAUACUAAAUUCAAGGUAGAAAAAGAAUUUAAUUUAAAAGUUAUAUAUGGUGAUACUGAUUCAAUUAUGAUUGAUACAGGAAUUAAAUCGAAUAACUUGAAUAAUUAUAAAGAAUCUAAUAGAUUAGCUCAUAUUAUUAAAAAUAGUAUUAAUAAAAACUAUAAAAAACUAGAAUUAGAUUUAGAGUGUAUAUUUAGUAAACUACUUUUAUUAAAAAAAAAAAAAUACGCUUGUGCCAAAGUAAUAGAUUCAAAUUUUGAAAAAUAUGAAUAUGAAAUGAAAGGAAUAAAUUUUAUUAAAAGAGAUUUUAGUAAAAUUUCCAAAUUAAUAGGAAAUGAAGUUUUAAAAAUAAUUUUUGGUAAUAAAGAAAAUGAUACAAAAAAUUCUGCAGUUCCUUUAGAAAAUGACUUAUCUGAGCAAAUUCAUGAGUAUUUAAGAAGUGUAAAUCAAAGAAUAGAAAAUGAUGAAUUUGAUUUAGAUUAUUACAUUAUAACAAAAAAAUUGACAAAAAAUGUAAACGAAUAUCAAGAAAAAAAUUCAUUAGGUCAUGUUCUUGUUGCUGAACGUAUGAUAAAAGAUGGUUAUAAUAUUUGUGUAAAUAAAGAAAUUCAAUAUUGUGUUUGCAGAAGUGAAGAUGCUUGUAAAUUUUUUAAUAAAUCUAAUGAAAAGUUAAAUAGUUCUCAAUGUUGUUUUAGUAUUAAUGAGAUAAAAAAAUAUGAUUUAAAGAUAGAUAAGGAAUAUUAUAUAAAAAAUCAAAUAUUAACACCCAUAAAUAGAUUAUGUCAAUAUAUUGAUGGAACUAGUGCGGAAAAAUUAUCAUCUUGUUUUAAUAUUUAUGACGUGAAGGAAAUAAAAACGGAUAAACAAAUAGAAGAAAAUUAUUUGGAAUCAAAUGUGUUAUCUUUAUUAAAUGAAUCAGAAGAAAGAUUUAAAGAUAUUCAUUUAAAAGGAUAUUUAAUUUGCUCAAAAUGUUCACAUAAUGUUAAACCAGAUAUCUUUAUUAAAUAUUUUAAAUGUAAUAAAUGCUUUACUUAUUUAUCUAUAGAACAAAUUCGUAAUUAUAUUUUCUCUUUUAUAAAUCACUUAUGCUCUACUUUCUAUAAACAGUUAUAUGUAUGUAAUAAUUGCUCAUUAAAAACAAAAAGAAUAUUUUUAAAAGAUUCUAAAAACUGUCCUAACAUAAAUUGUGAAAAUAAAAAAGGUUCAUUAAAACCUCUUGUAUCUAAAAAAUAUGUUAAUUUGAUAUUGGAAUAUUUCCUCUUUUUAUUAAAAGAUAAUCUGAAGAAAAUACCUGAUAAAUUAGUGGUAAAAUCUGAAGAUGAAAAAAAGGAUCAAAAACAAAAUGAUGACGAAAGUAACGCAGAAACAGAUGUAAAUGUGAGAAAAAAUUAUUCAGAGGAAAAUUUUAAUAAAAAUAUUAAUGAAAAUAAAAAUGCAAACAAUGAUGAAAAUGAAUAUGCUAAUGAUGUUAAUGUAUGUAUUUGCAUAGAUGAAGGAUUUAAAACAUAUAUUUCUAAAGAUGAUAAAAAUAAAAAGAAAAACUUUAAAAUUGAAAGUUAUGAUGAUAUUUGUAAAAAUAAGGAAUUAAGUUUAAAUAUAACUAAAGGAUUACGAAUGAAAUACCCAAAUAUUUCGAAUUUUUUAUUAUAUUUAAAUUUAAAAAGUAAUAAUUUUUACAUUAAUUACAAUGAAGAAAGAGAUGUUAUAAGAAAUUCUAUUAAAAAUAUUGUACAAAAUAAUAUAUAUUCACAAGU